GGUCGGCAUCGGAGGAAGGAGACGUCUCCUAGGCAACCGGACCAAACACGGGAGCCGGAGCAGCCCGGUCUCCCUCUGGACCCACUCCUGAUCCCAUUCCCGAUCCCAUUCCUGAUCCCCGGCCACCGGCCACCCAACUCCCCGUCGCCUCCUCCUCCAUCCCGGCCUACCUCCCCCUAAGACCACCAUGGCUUUUGGCGGGUGGACCACCACCGCCCGCUCCGAGAUCAGCGUAACCGACUCCGAUGGAUUUGCUGCGGAAACAGAGGUGAAGCGACUGCAGCGGAAAUGCCAACUGAUGGAGCGCAGCAUGCAGUCCUAUAACACUGAGACCCAAAAUGUCAUCCGACGGCAACAAGGGAAGAUCGCCCGUCUGAAGGAAGAACAGGCAGAGCUUCUCAUCAACAUUGAGGCCUUGGACAGUCGAGCCAACCGGCGGCGGGACCAGGAGAACGGGCGUAACUUGAGGGGCUUGCUGGAGCAGCAGGACCAGGUGCAGGAGAAGGUGAAACAGGAACAGAACAGACUGCAGGAACUGGACAAACAGAUCCAGGAGUGGGAAAAACGGAUUCUAUCUCUACACCGGGAGUCCCACGCCACUGGCCUCUCCCAACACCAAGCAACGCAGGCCCAACGAAGGGUGAAGAUCCUGGAGAACCAGUUAAACAUGGCCUGCAAUCACUUCAACACCCAGCUGGGGCAGAACGCGGAGCUGAGAAAGGAGCUGCGCCUGCUGCAAGUGGAGUGGAGCUGGUUUCAGCGUCUCCACAACCGACUGCUCAAGGAACACUACCAUGCCUCCCAGACCAUCGCGGCCCACAUCGAAUCCUCGACCUCUGCUUUUGGUGCCAGGGAAGAGGCGCAGGGGAAAACGUCGCAGCUGCGAGAGAAGGCAGAGAAGGAGGCGAUGCAGCGCAGAGGGGAACUGAGGGAACUGCAGCGGCUGCUGGACCACGAGGAGCGGUUGCGGCUCUUCUUGACCUUCAAGAGCCAGGAGCGGGCGCUGGAUCCCCUGGCGCUGGAAGCCCGAAGGCGGCGGGAGCGGGAGAAGGCAGAAGGGAAACGGCGAGACCCCCGGAAGGCGCUGGCGAAGAGCUACAAGAAAAUGCUGAAGGAGCUUGAAGAACUCACAGGCGAGACAGACAUCCGGGAGCUCGUGGACAAAUAUCUGGAAGUGGAGGAACGAAAAUUUGCCCAGUUCAACUACGUCAAUGAGCAGAACCACGAACUGGAGCGGCUUCGGGAAGAGAUCCAGGAGACCCAGCAGGCCCAGGCCAUGUGUGUGUCCAGGAAGGAGGAGAGUCUGGCCAAGCAGCAGAAGGAACUGGCAGCCCUCGAGGAGCAGCAGGAGGUGGUUGGGCAGGAAGCCAAGCAGCUUACAGAGAAAAUUCAGGCCAUGGCCAAGACCUUGGAACUGCUCAAAGCUGGCAUCGAAGCCAUCUUUACACAGAUGAGCUGUGACUCUACGACCCUGGAGCAGCUGCUGGGCGGGGGGACGCAAGUCCAGGACAACAACAUGGGGGUCUUCUUUGCCCUCAUCGAGCGGCGGCUCGGGGAGCUGCUGACCACCCAGGCUUUCCUGGACUCCAAGGACGACAAGGCGAACUACGAUGAGGAGGCCACCGCCUGCCUUCUCUUGGGGCAGAGACAUGAGGGGCCUGGGCCCUACCCCAGCCAGCCCCGACUCCCCUCCGAUGGGGAGGAGCCUGAAUUCCUGCAGCAGCAGGAGGCGGAGCGGCCCCUGAGCCACCGGGAGCUGAAGGACCAGGUCCUGCAGGCGAUCCUGGCUCGGGAGCAGGCUCAGCUCUGCAGGAAGAGUAUUUAUAGCGUGGCCGGAGACCAAGGGGGAGCUCCCCUGACCAAGCAAGUGUCUGAUGCCUGACGGCUCUCCCCACUGCCACUUCCCUCCCUCCGUCCCUCCUUCCGUCACUGGGGCUUCACAGCGCUAUCUUUGUCUCUGAUUCUGAGCCCCGACUCUGACCAUCUCUGCAGUCCCUGCCUCCCCUCUUUUCUCCUCCUCCUCCCUGAGAAGCCAGAGGAUUCUGGGGCCCGAGGAGGAGGAAGGGGGCUGGUCUGGGUUGCGUGUGGAGGCGUGGAAUAAAGCUCUACUGUGACCUGUGA